AAAUUAAGAGAAUAUAUGUCUGUGUCAGCACUAAAUUCUAUCCAUCUUGUGUCAGAAAAAUCCCCACAAUCUGACCUAACAGAGACAACCGUAACAACAGCUGCCUAUCGGUUCCUCUCUCUCUUCAAUCUGAUGGGGAGGCCUGGUCCUGUCGGUGGUGGUGGUGAACCCACGGUGAACACAGGAGAUUGGAGAUCCCAAUUGCAUCCUGUCUCGCGACAAAGGAUUGUCAACAAGAUAAUGGACACUUUGAAGAGGCAUCUUCCAUUCUAUGGACAGGAGGGACUGCAAGAACUCAAGAAAAUGGCAGUAAAGUUUGAAGAGAAGAUCUACAGCUCUGCCACCAGCAAGUCUGAUUACCUGAGACAAAUAAGUCUGAAGAUGCUGACUAUGGAGACAAAAUCCAAAAAUACUGCGACCAAUUCUCCGCCAUCCAACUCUGGGAAUAAUAGCGAGAAUUCCACACAUGCAGUCAAUCUGAUGGGGAGGCCUGGUCCUGUUAUUGGUGGUGGUGAACCCACGGUGAACACAGGAGAUUGGAGAUCCGAAUUGCAUCUUGAUUCACGGCAAAGGAUUGUCAACAAGAUAAUUGACACUUUGAUGAGGCAUCUUCCAUUCUCUGGACAGGAGGGACUGGAAGAGCUCAAGAAAAUUGCAUUAAGGUUUGAAGAGAAUAUCUACACUUCGGCCACCAGCCAGCCUGAUUACCUGAGAAAAAUAAGUCUGAAGAUGCUGACUGAGGAGGCAAAAUCUGAAAACAAUAUCACCAAUUCUCUGGCAUCCAACUCUGGGAAUAAUAGCGGAAAUUUCACACAUACAGGUGAUACCAUGGAGGAGGAAUUUUCUUUUGUUCCGAGUUAGAAUUUAUAUGCUUUUUUUUUUUUUUCUAGAAGAUCGAUUGUUGCAGAAUUCUGUAGUUCAGGGUACUUUAAUAUGUUCCAUGGACACUCCUAAGGAUAUAAAAAAAUUAUCUGUGUCAGAUACUCGAGACAUGGGUAGGGUAUGGGAUGUGUCAGGCAUGUAUGGUUGGACAUCCACUUAUUUUAUUCCUGAAUUAUUGACUUGACCCAUUUGAUACUUCCUAUGCUUUUCUGGUAUGGGAAAUGAUAGUGAAUUAAUCCCUGAUAUGUUUACUUGUAUCACGGACGUUAUGAGUCAUUGUAAUUACUGGCGGCUAGGGGAGUAGUCCUGGUACAGGUGACUCCAAUGCCUGUCGUUUGUGACUCUACUAGGACCAUUUGUAUAUGCAUAUUGAAGGAAAAUUCUCAUGAAAAGAUUGAAUUGCCUCUGGCCAUUAGAAAAAAGACCCCUGAAACUGAAAUAUAUUGGUGACUUUAAUGCUCAACGGGAUAGGGAGUUAAAAUCGUAGUGACCAUAUUUUGAAUCAACUUAGGGAGUAGACCCAGGCGCCACCCUGAGGUGACUCUAAGGAUCCAAUGGGUGCUGACACCCUGGGAAAACAAUCUGGCAUGUUGAGUUUAUGGUUCCCAUGCUAUUGUUGGAUAUCAUUGAUACGUUAUUUUUUAGACUAGUCGUUUAUUACUUAUGGGCUGGGCACCAUUCUUGUGAUACCUUGUUGAGAAUUGAGAUGCAUAUCUUGUUCUUGAUACCGUUUGUUGAGGUGCAUAUCCUGUUCUUGAUAUUAUUCCAUCGGGACACAUAUUUUGGUUCAUCUAGUUUUCUUUGAAAAUAUCAUUUUAUCGUUCCAUUUAUCGUAUGCCACAUUUGUAUGCCUUGGCAUGCUAAAUUACUCGGUGAGCUUUCAAUUGACGAAUUUAUUCCAAACAUUUUCAGGUGAUUAUUCGAAUGGUAAUUGAGGAGUUGUAGCACCGUUGGGACCCACAUGUUGGACCUGGAUGCCAUCAGUUUAUUGGGUAUUUGUGUCCGUUGUUUUACAGUAUUUGUAUAAAUUGUGGUUUGUGUGUAUCCCACCAAAGGAUAAGAACUUUGGUUGAAGUCUUGUAUUUUAUAGUGUAAGUAAAGUUCAGCACUUGUUUAUAAUCUAUGUUUGGGUUGUUAUUUA